AUGAGCCUCCUCGAUCCCCCCCCCCCCUCCUCCCCCCUCUCGUAUCCUCCCCUUUCACCUGCUCGUUCCCUCCACUUCUCCCUCUCGUUGCCCCGCGUGCUGCCACUCCUUUCCCCUUUGUAUCCCUCUCAUUCAACCCCCCUUCUCCCUCUCUUUUCCACCCCUUUUCCUUCUCCUUUUCCCCCCUUCUCCUCUCAUCUCCAACCGUGCUCCCUCUCAUACCCGCCCCUUAUCCUGCUCAUUGCCCUCCCUUCUCCUUCUCAUUUCCCCCCCCCUUCUCCCCCUCAUGCCCCCGUGUUCAACCCCCCUCUCCCCUCUCUGCCUUACACUCCUCUUACCCAAUUCCCAUCUCUUCCGUACAUCAUUCUACCCCCACCUACCGUUCUCUGCCUUACGCUCUGCUUCCCACUUCAGGCCUCUCUCCUCCCUACACCCUUCUUCCGCAUCUGCCCUCUCUGCCUUACUCCCCUCUACCCCCUUUCCCCUCUCUUCAUUACACCCUUCUUCCCCCACCAUGCGUUCUCUGUCAUAUGCCGCGCUACCCCCCUUUUCCUCUCUUCCUUGCACCCAUCUUCCCCCUUUUCCAUCUCUCUGCCUUACGCCCAUCCUCCCCCCCCGGACACGGAGGGGUAUUACGUGCGAUGUGACAAGGACGACGUGGUGUGGUUCAACGACUAUGAUAAGAUGAUGCCUGAUGUGGUCGACUUUGAAUGUGACGGGAUUGUUGGGUUCAUGCGUAGUCAUUAUGGUGAUAGCCAGUAA